AUGGGGUAUAUCUUGUGCAUCAAUUUGUUUUUGCAUUACUGUUUCAUGGCUACCUUCGCUAUGACAGCCAAGAAUAUAACAACCGAUCAAUCUGCUCUUUUUCAAUUCAAAGCACAUAUCACUUCCGAUCCUUACGGUGUACUGGCAUAUAACUGGUCCAUUUCUAAUCCAAUUUGCAGCUGGGUUGGUAUUUCCUGUGGUGCUCGCCAUGAAAGAGUCACUGCCUUGAACCUUUCAUUCAUGGAUCUCGGUGGCAACAUCUCUCCACACCUGGGCAAUCUCUCAUUCCUGGUGAAUCUUGAUCUUAGUUACAACAAUUUCCAUGGCCAUCUUCCGAAUGAACUGGGGCAAUUACGCCGACUGAGAGUCUUUUCUGUCGGUAACAAUAGAAUAAGUGGAGGCAUUCCGGGAUUUAUCGGUCUCUUAUCCAAACUCCAAAACCUUCAACUUGAAUUUAAUAAUUUCUCAGGUACCAUCCCAGAUGCUCUCUACAAUGUAACUACGCUAGAGGCCUUGUGGUCAUACGACAAUAAAAUCCAAGGAAGCAUUUCACCAAAGAUUGCGAAGCUCACCAGGCUGAAAAUUUUCGAUAUGGCAAAUAACUUUCUCUCGGGCUCCAUACCUUGGAGCAGCAUCUACAACAGUUCGUCACUACAAACGUUUUAUUUAGACGGCAAUUCUUUGUCUGGCAGUCUGCCAGAUGAUCUCUGUAAUUGCCUUCCAAAACUUGAAUGGCUAUUUCUACAUUUGAAUAGACUUUUUGGCCAGCUUCCAAGAAGUUUAGGCAACCGCAGCGAGGCUAAUAUUUAUUCAUUUGCGCGCAAUAAAUUCACAGGGCUCAUACCACAAAAUAUUGGAAAUUCGAGUAAGAUUACGGGGUUGGCUUUUAGUGGUAACAACUUAGAAGGUGACAUUCCACAAGGGAUCGGCAAGUUGAAGAAUCUACGGAUUUUAUCUAUUGCUUACAAUAAUUUAGCAGGCAAAAUUCCAGAGGAGUUAGGCAAUUUGCAAAAUCUACAAAGUCUACAUCUAAGUUUCAAUAGCUUAAGUGGUGUAAUUCCAGUCUCAAUCUUCAAUGUUUCAACCAUAAUAAAUAUUAGUCUAGUUGGGAAUAACCUUUCAGGCUAUCUACCAUCAACCAUUGGCCAGGGGGUUCCCAACUUGAAAAUUCUUUUCAUAGGGUUAAAUGAACUUACUGGAACAAUCCCCACCUCCAUUACCAAUGCUUCCAAGCUCACUCUGCUAGAUCUAGACCGCAACUCAUUUUAUGGGCUUGUUCCGAAUACAUUUGGCAACUUGAAAUACCUCAAAUUGCUUAACCUUGGGUCCAAUAACUUCACCACUGAAUCACCUUCUGCUAAAUGGAGCUUUCUGUCUUCUUUGACAAAUUGCAGGAAACUAAAGAUUCUAUUAUUGAAUCAGAAUCCACUGUAUGGUGUCAUACCACUUUCAAUCGGCAAUUUAUCUGCAAAUCUUGAGGAAUUUGAUGCAAGUAAUUGCAAGAUCAGGGGCAGCAUUCCUACGGAGGUGGGUAACUUGCAUAGCUUGAUAACGUUAGAUCUUUCGGAAAAUGAUUUGAACGGAUUUAUUCCAACAUCGAUGGGGAAUUUGCGGAAUCUCCAAGGCUUUAACAAAUUUAACUCUAGCAUACCCCCAUCCUUAUGGACUCUUCAGUAUAUCUUGCAGGAAACAUUCCCACCACCCUUGGGGGCCUUCAAGCUCUUGAAACUCUAUCUUUGGCAGAUAAUAGAUUUGAAGGUGCCAUCCCCAACACAUUUGGGGCAUUGA